AUGGUUGUCCUCGCUGCGUCCAUCUGCACACGGGGCGGCAAGGCGGUCCUCGCCCGGGCUUUCCACGACAUCAAGCGGUCGCGCAUCGAAGCCCUCCUGGCAUCCUUCCCUAAAGCGGCGAACUCUGGCACCCAACACACUACGGUCGAGCAGGACAAUGUCCGAUUCGUAUACCAACCAUUGGACGAGCUGUACAUGGUGCUCAUUACCAACAAGCAAUCCAACAUCCUCCAAGACAUCGACUCCCUGCACCUGUUCGCCCAGGUUGUUACCAGCACGUGCAAGAGCCUCGACGAGCGCGAGAUCCUCAAAAAUGCUUUUGAGCUCAUCAGCGCCUUCGAUGAGCUAGUGACGCUCGGGUACAGGGAGAACUUGACAAUCAGUCAGAUCAAGACGUUCUUGGAGAUGGAAAGCCAUGAGGAGCGCAUCCAGGAGAUCAUCGCUCGGAACAAGGAAUUGGAGGCUACCGAGGAGCGCAAGCGGAAGGCCAAGCAAUUGGAGAUGCAGCGCAAGGAAUCCGGGAGGCGCGGUGCUGGCAUGUCGCGGCCUCCAGUCUAUCCAACAUACACCCCGCCGGUACGGCCAGCUGUUACUGAGACAUAUGAUACUUACGAGGCGGAGAAGAACAAGUCCAAGUUCACUGCCCCCAAGGGUAAGGGCAUGCAGCUGGGCAAGAAGUCCAAGACCACAGACAUGUUUGAGCGCGUAAAAGGAGAGCUAGGACCUGUGGACGACACGCCACUUGUGCCCGUCGCCGCAGCGUCUGCCCCAGAACCGGCCUCUGCCCCGAGGGUUUCAUCCUCGUUGGACCGGGAUGCGAUCCACGUCACUAUCAAUGAAGCUAUCACAGCCAAAAUAUCCAGGGAGGGCGCGCUGAACUCAUUUUCGAUCAGCGGCGACCUGUCACUACGCGUCUCGGAUCCUUCGCUCACCAAGCUCAAGCUCAAUCUCAGCGCCACGCCGUCACACGGCGCGCAGUUCCGGACGCACCCUAACGUGGACAAGAACGCCUUCAACAGUUCCAAGGCCAUUCAAAUGGCCAACACUGCGAGGGGUUUCCCGGUGAACAAUUCCGUUGGCGUGCUGCGAUGGCGCGCUACUCCCAGGGUGGAUGACUCGAGUGUGCUGCCGAUCACCUUCACCGUCUGGGUCAACAAGGGCUCAGAAGGGAACUGCACGCUCACGAUAGAGUAUGAGCUAUCUAGAGGCGACACCCUGAAGGACGUCAGCGUUGUUGUGCCAUUCUCCAGCGCCGAGCCGUCUAUCUCUAGCUUUGAUGCAGUCUACGAGGUGUCCGGCGACAGCCUGGAAUGGUCGAUAGGCACGGUGAGCGAGGACAAUCCCAGCGGCGCCUUCGAGUUUGAGGCGCAGACGGACGACGAGAACGAGUUCUUCCCGAUGCAAGUGCGCUUCUCGAAGACGUCGCCGUUUGUGGAUGUUGAUGUCCAAUCGGUGGAGCUGCUGGAGAUGAAUGAGGAGGUCACUUUCUCCAAGGAGAUCAAGUCCGUUGCGGAGUCGUACGUAAUUGAGUAGACUGGCGAGGUAAGAAGGAAGGCGGCAGUGUUUGGGUGUCCUGAGCGUGGAGUAUCCUGAGGUGCGGCAUGGGC